AGAGAAAAAAGAAGCAAAUGGAGAACUUUCCAGUUGUUGACAUGGGGAAGCUUAACGCUGAAGAGAAACCAGCAACCAUGGAGAUUAUAAAAGAUGCCUGUGAGAACUGGGGUUUCUUUGAGUUGGUGAACCAUGGGAUAUCCCUAGAGUUGAUGGACUCCGUGGAGAGGUUGACAAAAGGGCACUACAAGAAGUGUAUGGAGCAACGGUUCAAAGAAAUGGUUGCAAACAAAGGCCUGGAUUCUGUUCAGUCUGAAACCAAUGACUUGGACUGGGAAAGCACCUUCUUUUUGCGCCAUCUUCCUGUUUCUAUUUCAGAUAUCCCUGAUCUUGAUGAAGAUUACAGGAAGGCAAUGAUGGAAUUUGCACGGGAACUGGAGAAACUGGCCGAGCUACUUCUUGAAUUGCUGUGUGAGAAUCUUGGGCUAGAGAAAGAGUAUAUGAAGGUGGUCUUCUAUGGGUCCAAGGGCCCAAAUUUUGGCACCAAAGUUAGCAACUACCCUCCUUGUUCCAAGCCAGAGCUCAUAAAGGGCCUCAGAGCCCACACAGAUGCUGGUGGCAUCAUUCUACUCUUUCAAGAUGACAAGAUCGGUGGAUUGCAGCUCCUUAAGGAUGGCCAGUGGAUUGAUGUACCACCAAUGCGUCACUCCAUUGUCAUCAACCUUGGUGACCAACUUGAGGUUAUUACCAAUGGCAAAUACAAGAGUGUCUUGCACCGUGUAAUUGCUCAAACAGAUGGCAACAGAAUGUCCAUAGCCUCAUUUUACAACCCAGGCAAUGAUGCCGUUAUCUCUCCAGCACCAACCUUGGUGAAGGAAGAUGAGAUAAGACAAGUCUACCCGAAAUUUGUUUUUGACGAGUACAUGAAGGUCUAUGCUGGCCUCAAAUUCCAGGCCAAAGAGCCAAGAUUUGAAGCUAUGAAAUUUAUUUAGGUCCCAUACCAAUUGUCUAAGCCUGAGCCUGGAAGCAUUCUAUUUUGUAUGUUUGCUAAGCUUACUGAUUAACUUGCUUUUGGCAUCUUUGAUUGGUAUGGAUGCGGCUUUAUGCAUG